AGUGUGCAGUGAAGGAUCUUUAUAUUAUAGGUAGGUAGCCAAAGCGCUUACCUUUCAUCAAAGGGGCCGUAAUCAGCCUCAAGAUUUGAGAUUCCGUAAGUAACUCAGUGAGUGCCUUUCUAAGAAAGAAGGGCUUGGAAGAAGAAAAUGAAAUACGAACAACCGCGCUGGUUGUAAUAGAUCGACUUUCAUGCUAGUUCUUGCUCCAGCAUGAAAGUUCCAUUUCAGGGAAGGACGACGUACUAUGAUACUUUCUGUUUUGUCGAGCCUUGCUUUGGUCUCUGGUUUGAUGGUUGUAUGUGCUAAAAAUCCGGUACAUUCCAUUUUGUUUCCCAUCCCAGUCUUUCGCAACACUUCAGGUUUACUUCUUUUGUUAGGUCUUGACUUUUUCGCUAUGAUCUUCCCAGUAGUUUAUAUAGGAGCUAUAGCCGUUUCAUUCCUAUUCGUUGUUAUGAUGUUCCAUAUUCAAAUAGCGGAGAUUCACGAAGAAGUAUUGCGCUAUUUACGAGUGAGUGGUAUUAUUAGACUGAUCUUUUGGUGGGAAAUGUUCUUCAUUUUAGAUAAUGAAAGCAUUCCAUUACUACCAACCCAAAGAAAUACGACCUCUCUGAGAUAUAUGGUUUAUGCCGGAAAGGUACGAAGUUGGACUAAUUUGGAAACAUUGGGCAAUUUACUUUAUACCUACUAUUCCGUCUGGUUUUUGGCUCCUAGUCUGAUUUUAUUAGUAGCCAUGAUUGGCGCUAUAGUACUGACUAUGCAUAGGACUACUAAGGUGAAAAGACAGGAUGUAUUCCGACGAAAUGCUAUUGAUUUUAGGAGGACUAUAAUGAGGGGGAUGACAGAUCUACUAAAGGAAAGUAGCAUUGGUUCGAAUCUAAUUCGUGAGAUGGCCAUCUUGGUCAUAUAG